AUGUCGCUUUACAAAUACUCAGAGGCCGCGCAAAUUGGUAUUACUGCCGCUUUCUGCUUCUUAGUAAUUGCCGACCUUAUUGGCAACACCUUGGUUUGCCUGGUGGUCUACCGAAACCGAAUAAUGCGUACCCCAAUGAACUACCUCUUGGUCAACCUAGCCGCUUCGGAUAUAACCGUGGCGAUUUUCAUCGCGGUGCGCUACAUCUUCCCUCUUCUGUUCACGCAUCCGAAAGGAAGAACCGGUGAUUUGGUGUGCCAAUUGUUUACAGGGGAAGCAUUUGUAUGGGUCGGUGCUCUUGCGUCCGCUUUCUCCCUGGUAUGCAUAGCGCUGGAGCGCUAUCUCGUAAUUAAAUUCCCCUACGACGAGAGCAAGCGAGUCACAACUGCCAAAUUAAAACAUGUUGUCGUGUUCGGCUGGCUGUUCGCUGCAUCAUGGAACUUUCCCCUUUUCCUGUAUGCUCGUUAUGACCCUGUCAGCGAGUUCUGCUUGUUCCGAUGGCCUACUGCGAAUUUCGCGAAAGUUCACAGCCCACUAUGUGCCGUUGUGUACGGUGUUUUACCGAUUUCCAUCAUGUCUUACUUGUAUUCUAAGCUAGUUUACAAGUUGUGGUUUCGUCCUUCGGUUACAUCGGCAAUAACCCAACAGAGCAAGCUACGCUAUACCAAGAACUCCGCUCGACUUGUGGUCACCGUAAGCGUGAUUUACUCGAUCUGUUGGUCACCGGUCCUGAUAGUAUACGUCUUCUCUUCAUUCAGCACACAGCAACUGUACUCCGCCGUACACACGACAAGCAUCGUGUUGGUCACUAUUAAUUCUGCAAUUAAUCCUGUGUUAUACAGCUGGCAGAGUCACCGUUUCAGGAAACAUACGAUGGCGCUGCUACCCUUUGGUUGCCCCACCAGGCGAUGACGAAUUACCCCGCGGUUAUGGCUAAAGAUAAAGCUUCAAGCAAGGCGUCACGACCAACACAGAUUACUCCGCUUGUAAGUAGGGGCGCUAUCGCCUAAAUGUCACAAUAAAGUAAGACCUCUAUGAUGCGGGCACAGAUCAGACCCAUCCUACUGUCCACUUCACCCUUCCCUUUCGCAUUAAAAUAACGCAAUGAUCGCCAUCUAAUGAAGCUCUUAAGUGUUGAACAAAUUCUCCUUUUCUGUUUGACCAUAGCAUCCUUAUAAAGAAGUUACGUAAGUUAAACGUGCCAAAUAGCGUAAUUAAUUGGGUUAUUGACUUUUUGUCAGACAGAUCUCAAAGAAUCAAACUAGGUGAGAGAUGUCUAUCUGAGUGGGGAUCAGUAGGGCCUUGGCUUUUCUUAAUUAUGAUCAACGAUCUAGUGUCGAAAAUGCUCGCUUAUGGAAAUAUGUAGAUGACACCACCAUCUCCGAGAAGGUUGCAAAAGGGGAGCUUAGUAACGCACAGCGUCAUACAGAUAGAGUAAUACAAUGGUCCCUGGAAAAUAGAGUCCAAUUAAGCAAUGAAAACUGUAAAGAGAUGCGAAUAUCCUUUUCAAAGUUCCAGCAAGGAUUUGAGCCUAUUCUCAUCAAUGGCGAUGCUUUAGAAGUGGUAGAAAAUGUAACGCUUUUGGGUCUUAAUAUCUCCAGUAAUUUGACCUGGAAUACCCAUAUUAAUGAAAUAGUUAAAAAAGCCUCUAAGAGAUUAUAUUUCUUGAUUCAACUUAAGAGAGCCAAAGUUGCUCGUACUAUCUAGGGCUCUUUUAUUCUAUUUGCAUUCGAUCAAUCAUGGACUAUGCAGUACCGGUUUUUCACUAUUGUUUGCCUAAAUAUUUAAUGCGAGAAUUAGAACACGUACAGAAGAGAGCAAUGUCCAUCAUCUGUCCAGGUCAUAGCUAUCAUGAGGCCUUGAAUAUUAUGAAAUUUUAAGAAUUAGCCAUCCAUCACGACGAAAUUUGUGAGCCACUUUUCGACAAAACUGUAAAUGACAACAAUCACCGUCUUCAAAAGAUAACACCAGCAGCGCAUGAAACUACCUACUUGGUAAGGCGUGCGCGACCUUUUAAUGUACAACGCAUCAAAACCAGUCGUUUUAAGAAUAGUUUUAUUUCCUCAUGUUUUAAAGCGAACUCAUCUUAGCUUUCCCCCUUUUUUUUAGCCGAUUGAAUCUUUUAAUAACUGAGUAGUUAAUAUCUAAAUUACUUAA